CACUUUUUCAUGGAAAGAGUUUCUGGAGCUCCAUUUCUCUCUCUGUCUGUGCUUGAGCUACCUCCGAUCGAGACCCUAGCGAUCUUCUCACGAGAUUUGAGGCGGAGUGAUGGCGGAGGAGCGGCAUCGCGAGGCGCGCCAUCGCUAGGGAGCAGCGCCAUGGCGCCGUGAAUAUCAUCGAUCGAUCGGGGAAAACAAGGCGGAUUUGGCUGCCCUAGGAUCGAUGGAGGCGGCGAAGCUUGAGGAAUACAGGCCGGAGCUCUCUGAUCCUCCCUUGGAAAUCUACUCGGGCGACAAUGCAGGUCCAAUGCUGGAUGGGACGAGCCUGGAAAGUGGAGAGAUUUCUCCUCCCGGCGGCUCGUCUUUGCGAGUAACAGUAGCAGAUCCGGACGAUUUGCCGAAUGGAAAGCAUGACGAUGAGGAUCAUCCAGAUAUUGCCAGCGAAGCUCCGGCCGAUGAAGAGAUUCCAGCGGAGAGCAAGGCAGAGGUUAGUGGCAAGGUUAAGAAAGGGCCAUCGUUGGGCAGGGGUUCGGGAUCUAGCAACGGUGGGAGAUCUCUGGCUAGAACAUCCAGUGGCACGAUGAAGAAGUCUCCAGCUUCGUCACCUGGAUCUACCACACCAGUGCGGCCAUUUCUCAAGUCGUCGUCACCGGCAGCGAUUGCUAGAAGACAACAAGAGGCAGAGGCGAAUGGAAAUGGAAAUGGGAAUGGGUUUCACACUUCGAGCAAGUCCAACGGUAGCAUCAGUGCUCCAGUCACUCCCAGGGCUUCUGCCGCGGCCAAGGCUUCGGCGUCUUCAAUGACGACAACGCCCAAAGCCCCGGCUUUGAAGAAACGUACUCCGGGAGUUGAUACACCGCCAGUGACUCCGUCGAGCGUGAGCAGCAGGAGAAGUUCGAUCAGUCCAGGUGCUAGCUUGUCACGGUCGACUGGGACGUCAUUCGGUUCUACACGGAGGCAGUCUUUGCCUGCGUUAUCGGCACGGUCUUCGGCACCGUCGGCAGCAGAGCUCAAGAGAUGGGCAAACUCGUCAUCAUCCUCGUCGAGAAUUAGUAGCUCGAAGCCGACUACUCCUAGUCGGGUCACAAGUCUGUCCCUACAUUCGCCAGGUUCCGUCUCAAAGCCCAACGAUUACCUCAGGCGUAGCAGUCCAUCGGUGCUAAACUCUCCAGGCGCGCCUGGUCCAAAGUCUCCUGGUCCUUCCGUAAGAGCGAGCGCUAAACUCUGCAGCCCGUCCUCGAAAAGUGGAAGCAGCUCUUUUUCCGCAUCAAGAGGCCAGGUUGCCAAUGGCAGUCCCAGCAGCCUUCAGAAGAAGUCUGGUCCUAUGGCUGCCACAAAGAGAUCUCCAAGAGCGUUUGAGAGUCCUACAAUAUCAUCAAGGUCUAUGUCAUCGGAGAAAACGCUAUCUUCUGAUAAGUUGGCGGCAAGAAGGAAAUCCUUAACGCCCGAAGCCAGGGACACUCGUUUGAUCACUUUGCCACCGGUCGAUGUGAAGGCAGGAGAUGACGUGAGGCUUGAUCUCAGAGGCCAAAAGCUGCGAAGUCUGGACUGCAACCUCGUCCAUCUCACGCCAAAGCUUGAGUUCGUCUAUCUCAGAGACAACAAACUGUCAAACAUGGACGGCAUUGAGAUUUUGAAGCGUGUCAAGGUUUUGGACCUUAGUUUCAAUGAGUUCAAGGGCGGCGGCUUCGAACCGCUAGCAAACUGUAAAGCACUUCAGCAACUGUACCUUGCCGGAAAUCAAAUCACAUCACUAAGUGGAUUGCCUCAGCUACCAAACUUGGAGUUCCUGUCCGUCGCCCAAAACAGACUGAAGUCCCUAGCAAUGGCCACCCAGCCACGGCUACAGGUUCUCGCCGCUAGCAAAAAUAAAAUUUCUACGUUAAAAGGCUUUCCUCACCUGCCAGCGCUUGAGCACCUAAGGCUGGAAGAAAACCCGAUCUUGGAGGUACCGCACUUGGAGGCAGCUUCAAUUCUUCUCGUUGGACCAACACUGAAAAAGUUUAACGACAGAGAUCUGUCUGCUGAGGAGCGGGAGGUUUCUCUUUUGUACCCCGCUAGCACUGCACUUUGUAUUCGGGAUGGAUGGGAACUUUGUAGUCCUGAAGAGGCUGCUGAAUCAACAACGGAGUUUCUGAUAUCCCAAUGGAAGGACAAUUUGCCACACGGCUUCACUCUUCGAAAAGCUUUUAUUGAUCGUCCUUUCGAAGAGGAUCCUUGCCACUGCGAAUUUGUCUUUGGACGGCUAGACGACGGGGAGGGUGAUCUUACGCUGCUUUACCAAUGGUUUAUUGGAGAACAAACUCCCGUGAAUUUUGAACCUAUUGAAGGUGCUACUAACAAGAUCUACUGGCCUAAACACGAAGAUGUUGGUUAUUGCCUCAAAGUGGAUUGUACACCUUACCUUGGAGACCAACAAUUUCCUCCCGUUUCUGCCUUUUCUUUUGCUGUUUCUCCUGGCACUGGCUGUCCCAAAGUACUAAGUAUCCAGGUGGAUGGUGAGCCUUUAGAGGGGAACAGCAUGGUAGGCUCUGCUGAAGUUGCCUGGUGCGGAGGUACUCCCGGCAGUGGCGUUGUAAGCUGGCUCAGAAAGACUGAAAACAAUAGCCCCGUAGCUAUUGUUGGAGCUGAAGAUUACGAGUAUAGACUCGUUUUGGAUGAUGUCGGAGCUCAUCUAUUGUUCAUGUAUACGCCCGUUACAGAAGAAGGCACGAAAGGCGAGUCACAAUAUGCUAUGACGCCAGUGAUUGACGCAGCCUCUCCAUCUGUGGCAAACGUACGUAUUACUGGUGAGUUCGUGGAAGGAAAUACAAUUCGUGGUACUGGAAAAUACUUUGGUGGAAAGGAAGGAUCAAGUAAGUUUGAGUGGUUCCGCGAAGAACAAGAUUCAGGGGAUUUUACUCUUGUUUCGAAAGGUUCUUCCGAGUACCUCCUGACAGAGGAGGACGUCGGAUUGCGUAUGAAGUUUGUCUACACUCCAGCUAAUAUAGCAGGAGCAUGUGGUGUCCCUGCCUCUGCAACUAGCGACAAAAUUUUACUUGCUCCUCCUAGAAUCCUUCAAUUGAGACUUGUGGGGGACAUGCGAGAGGGAAGCAAGAUCGUUGUCAGCGGUAUUUUUAUAGGUGGCACUGAAGGAGCUAGUCGUGUACAAUGGUUCAAGACGGACACUCCACACAACACGCAGAAUCUAGAGCCCAUCAGCACGUCUAAGAUUGCUAAAGCAUUCAGAAUACCUUUGGGAGCUGUAGGACACUAUCUAGCAGCCGAGUAUACGCCUGUACGUUCGGAUGGUGAAAGCGGUGAUUCUGUCUACGUGGUUUCUGACGCACGAGUCGAAAUGUUGGCCCCGAGCUUAAGCUUCCUAACCAUAACUGGAGAGCUUUUGGAGGGAGAAACUUUGACGGCCUCUUACGGAUAUGUUGGAGGUUACGAAGGUGCUAGUCAGCACAAUUGGUAUCUUCACGAGUCUAAGAAUGCUACCGGUUCUCUAAUAGCUGAAGCUAGUGGGAGUCUGCAAUAUCCGGUCACUGAGGAUGCAGUCAACAAGUACAUUUCUUUUCAUUGUCUACCUAUUCGUGACGACGGUGCCAUCGGCGAAAGGGUUGUUACAAUGAUUCCGGAACCCAUAAGCCCCGGUUCUCCCAAGCUUCUUACGUUCCAGAUAGUAGGAGAACCCGUGGAGGGUGCUGAAUUGAAGAUAGAAAAGAAAUAUUGGGGUGGUAAGGAAGGCUUGUCAAAUAUCCAAUGGUUUGUGACAAGUCCUGAUGGUACUCAAAGAGAAAUUAGAGGAGCUACAGACGUUACAUAUACUCUAAAACUUGAAGAUGUCCAUGGUCUGGUUUGUUGCUCCUGCGAACCAGUGCGGGAAGAUGGUGUAAGAGGACCUAUCUCUGUCUCUCAGCUUCUUGGUCCUGUUCUACCAGGUCCACCAAGCUGCACAGUACUUGAGAUUUUCGGCAGUCCCGUGGAAGGAGAACAUCUCUUCGUCAACGCAGUAUACAAUGGAGGCGAUAAGGGACCAUGUGAACUCGAAUGGUGGAGGCGAAACUCGUCUGGAGAACAAAAAUAUCUGGGCAAUUCAGAGAGUUUAAAAUUGACUUAUGAGGAUGUUGGCGCUCGCAUCAAAGUAGUCUUUAUUCCCGUGAGGAGUGAUGGGAUUGUUGGGGAGGCAUAUGCUGUAACGUCAGAAGUAGUACAGGAUGCGGAACCGGAAGGAAAAGCUCUGGUCAUCCCAGACUGCCAUGAAGACGUAGAACUUGUCCCGACGCGGACCUACUUUGGUGGCCAAGAAGGAGAGAGCCAUUACAUGUGGUACCGUACUUCUACCAAAGUUCGAGACUCAAUUCUGCCCAUUGAUGCUGAGUUCGUCUGUAGCUCACUGUCAUAUACUCCGGAGCUGGAAGAUGUCGAUGCGUAUUUGGUACUUGAAUGGACACCAGUUCGUCAGGAUGGAAAGCAAGGAAAGCCCGUCAUUGCAUACAGUAAACAGCCAGUUAUCCCAGCGGAACCAUCGGUUCGUGAUGUAACUCUCAAGGAGGUCUCGCUUGAUAUGUUUGUCGGGGACGCAUAUUAUCAUGGUGGUAGAGAAGGGGAAAGCCAGCUGAGCUGGUAUAGAGAAAGUGGUAAUGGCACCACCACUUUGAUUGAAGGGGCGACAUCGAAGACUUACGUUGCAUCUGAAGAGGAUUACACAUACCGCAUUAUAUUUGGCUAUACUCCUGUUCGGGAUGAUGGAGUCGUGGGAGAUCUCGUUGUUUCCGAGCCCAGCAAGGUCAUAUAUCCAGAGCUUCCUCGUGUGCAAAAAUUCGUCCUUUCUGGGAAAGUGAUCGAGGGAGAAGUUCUAACUGCUUUGGAAGUUAUGCCAAAGGGAGAGACACAACAGCGGGUGUGGGACAAGUACAAAAAGGAAAUCAAGUAUCAAUGGUCGCGCUCGACUGAGCCUGGCUCAGCCGAUUUCGAACCGAUUUCCCAGCAACGCUCGUGCACCUAUAAAGUGAGGCUGGAGGAUAUUGGAUAUUUGUUAUGUUGCGAAUGCGUGAUAUACGACGUCUUUGGGCGUUCCACUGAUCCAAUUUCUAGUACAACACCAGCCGUGCAACCAGCCUUUCCUCGUAUUGAUAAGUUGGAGAUAGAAGGCCGUGGCUUUCACACAAACUUAUAUGCUGUUAGGGGCAUAUACGUCGGCGGCCGAGAAGGAAAGAGCUCCAUUCAAUGGUUUAGAGCAAUGGCUGGUAGUCCGGAUCUCAUUCCCAUUCCAGGAGAGACCGGGCGCAUGUAUGAAGCAAAUGUGGACGAUGUUGGAUACAGAUUGGUGGCUAUUUAUACUCCAGUCCGGGAGGACGGCGUAGAAGGCAACCCCACCUCGGCUUCAACUGAUCCUAUAGAAGUUGAACCGGAAGUUGCGAAAGAAGUGAAGCAAAAGCUCGAGCUUGGAGCAGUCAAGUUUGAGGUUCUCCGGGACAGGGAUCGAUCGCCCGCUAGUGGGCCACAACAGCAGCAGGCACUGGGCAGCCUAGAGAGACGCAUCCUUGAUAUCAAUCGCAAGAGAAUAAAAGUGAUCAAGCCGGGCUCCAAAACGUCGUUCCCGUACACGGAAAUUCGAGGCACAUAUGCCCCACCUUUCCAUGUGGAGCUCUUCCGGAACGAUCAACAUCGUCUCAAGACUGUGAUUGACAGCGAGAACGAAGUGGAUCUCAUGGUCCGGACGAGGCAUAUCAGAGACGUGAUCGCGCUCACGAUUAGGGGCCUAGCGCAGAGAUACAACAGCACUCCACUAAAUCUACUUCUCAAGAUGUAAAGCCAUGGGAGGCAGCAGCACUAAAGGUUUGUGACUAGAGAGAAGAGAGGAGAGGUUUUACAAAUAUUUUGCUUGGUCUACUAGCUAGACUGUAAUUAAGAUUUGAUGGAGGUGGAGAAACCAGGAGGGCUGAAAACUAGCAUUUGUAUAUGUAAAGGUGAUGAGAUGAUAAACUUUGCGUUAAGAUUUCUUUCUUUA